UUUAAGUUCAUGCUGCUUUGGGGAGUGACGCCCCCACGGUUCCGAGUUACCUGAUCACCUCUGAGACCCUUGGCUCCUCAGAAGUGAUCACAUGAAAAUCCUGAAUGGUUCAGUAACUGUUCAGUACAAAGCCACUAUAAGUCUCAAGACGGCAGUGUUGGAUGUUCCGAGACCUUUGGCCAUCAGAAGUGAUCACAUGAAAAUACAGAAUGGUUCAGUAACUGCCCACUGUCCAAUACAAAGCCACAAUAAGUCUGAAGACGGCAGUAUUGGUCUCUCUAUGGUUAACGGAUUAUAAAACUAGCGCGGUGUUGUUUUAAAUAGCGCAGGAAAUAAUGCGAGACGGUGUUGACUUGUUAAUUUAAUGUUUUUUUAAUUGCUAUGUUGCGGAAUGGAAGAUAAUGAAGUAAUUAAUUGAGCGGUGCGAGCGAGCAAUCGUGAGCUAAAUCGAUGCUUCGGUAAAAAGCCGGCACCGCCACGGGGGGACAAUUACAUUAGAGCGAUUAAUAAGUUGGGGCGCGCACCGCACAGGCGGCCCUACGUAACGAUAAUCGCUUGUAAAUAAGCCCUAGCGAAGUAUCGCGUUGCUAGAACUGACUCCGCGCACUCACGGGCCUUCAAACACCGUUGCCGUUUUGUCUUUGGACCCUCUCCGCACGUCUUAAAUCAUCAUCUCUCAGCCGUAAGAUAUUAUACAAUUUAUAUAGAGAUGGGAACAAAGCAGCGUUGGUAUGAUACAUCGAGAUUCAGAACUCUCUGAAAACAAACAUCCAAAUGAGAAUGGGAUUGUUGGUAGGCCACAAUACUAGACUUUUCAUGAAAAGCGAAUGAAUUAUUGUACUUGUUUAGAUGAGGGUCUUGGCACAGAUUAGGUAUACUAUAUGCAUGUAUACAGAUAAAAAUCUUGUCCCUAAUUCGUGGUACAAAAAUUGUUUUUUAUGACGAUGAGCAAACGAGAAAAAUUUCCUGUGCGCAAUGUGGUCCUGGUUUGAAUUGUUUCAUAGUUUAAAGCUUGGCAAGAGGUUAGAGGGAUGUAACAAGGCAAGAAUAUUCUGGCUGGUUCAUGGAGACUUGAAUGACUGAAAUUUAUAUGGGCCACUGCAGACUGAGUGAAGGUAAGAGAAGAAAUUAUGCAAGGUUAGACUGGUUCGGAUUUAAAACUUGGUAAGAGACUGGAGGGAUGCAAUAAGGCAAGCGCAUUCUGGCACGACCUUCAGCUCAGAACGUGAGACUAAAUAAUUGCAGUGUAUGCACUGUGAAAUUAAAUAUAGAGACUAUAGAGCACGUAUAAUAUUUCCUCUUAACAUGUCCGUUUUAUGGUCAUUCUUGUAACCGCUGUUAUAUGUACUGCGUCGCAGAAGCAUUCUGGGCCUAUGAGUGGCACUGAUGAGCUUUUUUUACCAUUUCAUCUGGAGCAACUUCAUGGAGUAGUUCAUAUAUCUAGUUGGAAACAUGACCAAAUUUUAAUAAUUAUAUACUGGUCCUAGUGGAGCUUGGUGACACUUGGCCUGAACCAUCUGUAUAAAGAAGUUUGGUGUUCAGAAAUUGAAUUUGAGUAAGUUACAACAAGUCUGCUGCAGUGGACAAGUUCUGUUCUGAGCAGUAAUGGGCGGUGGGUAAAUAUCCAAUGGGUGUAAUAUAGAAAUUUGGGUAUAUACCCAGAAAGUGUUACCUAUUGAGAGUAUAUUUCGUCGGGGAACCCUCUUAUAAAAUUCAAUUAUUAACCUAAAUUGAACUGCAAUGUCUGCAUUGUGCUGUGUUUUCGAUACAAUUAAGGAUAUUGUGCUGUUCUGCAGUCUUUGUGGGUAAGAUAAGAAAGGUCACAACAAAUUGUUAAAAUUUGUUAUAGUACAUUAAAUUAUCAAAGUAAACAUACUUGGGUAUAUAAAUUCAAUGUACCCUGGCACGGGUAUUACUGGUAUUUACCCCAAUUACAAUAUAGCGGGUGUUUGUCCGUCUCUGAUUCCGAGACGGUGUAUUGUUAAAAAAUCAAAUAGAUUUAUCGUGUUUGGUAAAAUGAAUGAAAAAUGAAAAUGCCGAUGAGAAAGAAAAUGAGUGGGAAAAUUGUGCGGUUUGGCAACAGGGUAUAGAACGCGGGGAUCACCUCGUUUGGGCGAUUUCGGCCGCCGCUGCUUCCGAGAGCGGGUGUGUGACGUCGCGCGGUCGCGCUCCGACCACGCGGUUGUUUGUCAACAAACGGCAGCGCGCUUUUCAAACGGCCCAUGCCUCUCGCAGAACAUGUCCGCCGAAAUCAAGGACCAGUCGCAGGAGUACCUGGCCGUUUCCAAACAGCAGGACGUAGACACCGUCCAGCAGCCGUCGUCUUCGACCAACCGGUGUGCCGCGGACUUCCACAACAGUUGCAGUGCGCGUCUGGAACGCUUCUCCUGGCACGAGCACGUCUACCGCCGGUUGACCACCAAACCGACACCCCAUUACAUCGAGAAUAUUUUGGGGCUGGCCAACGUGUCGCCCCCUGCCUCGCCGAACAGCCCCGCGCUCACCACGGACCUGGAUAUUAACGAGCCCCUCAAUCUUUCCGUCAAAACUGAACAAAAAGUGCGGACGAGAAGUGCCAAAGAAUCUGCGACGAGAAAACGAAAAAAGAAUCGGGAACCUCUCGAUUUGAAAGUUCCUUUAGCACAAAGUGCUUUGCAGAACGAUAACCAACGUCAGCAGAGCAACCAAAUCGACACUGCACAACCCACCGUCGUAGAAGAUACAGCAGAAAAUAAAAAAGGCAAAAAGAAAGCUAGAACAACAUUUACAGGAAGGCAAAUAUUCGAAUUAGAGAAACAGUUCGAGCAAAAAAAAUACCUCAGCAGCAGCGAGAGAUCCGAAAUGGCCAAACUGCUCAACGUAACGGAAACACAGGUAAAAAUUUGGUUCCAAAACCGCAGAACGAAGUGGAAGAAGAUCGACAACAUAUCAAACGCAGAGGCUGCCGAACACAAGAACACCGGUCCAAAAAGCGAGGACGGGAGGACCAAUAGGAACUACCAAAGAACCAGCAGCGGUCAUACCCAUAGUCAAAGUUCGAAUUCCAGCAUAGAGAGCGAUUCAAAGAGUUCUGCCACCUCAACUGCCCUGGUCGAGCCCUCUACGCAGCAGUCCUUCAAAGACAUACUCCAAAAUCAUACUCAAGUGAUCACACCAUCAUCCACUCCCCUGAUCACAUCGACGACAGAAGAACAUUUUCAAACGCAAAUAGACAAUGCCAAAGACGUGCUUUUAAAUUUGAGUUUUGAUGGAACUGAAGCUGUGGUUUAGAUCAGCGGCAGUACCGAUAUUUUUGAUAUGUUUGUUGAUUUAAAAAAAGGGAAUCUCCCGAAAAUUGCUGUGAAUAAAUUAAAAUUGAAUGUGCUUAAAACAUAAUUGUACCUACCGUACGAAAUAAAUGGCAGGACAGUUAUUGUAAAUAAGUAUAUUACGAGGGAAUAGCUAUAAAGUGCCACUUUCUUGGUUUUAAUUAGAGUUUUGUUAUAGUUCUUAAGUACUUAUAUAGACUUAACCCUCGUAAUUUUAGACAUUAAUUAAAAACAGGGUGUAGAUAGUCGUAUCUCGUGUCAAAUUAGUUGUUAUUAUACCAGUAUAUUUGUCAUACAGGUCUUAGUUCACUCUUUAAUGUUUCCUUAAAGUACCGUAGUCUAAAAGAAAAAUAGUGAGACAUAACAAUUAAUUUGAAACAAUUACCAUUUAUUUUGUUAAACUCUUUUUUAGUAUAUUUAUGUACGUACGAUGUUCGUUGUAGUGCUGUCGCAUUUUUCGGUAAUUUAGACAUUUAGGUUUGUUAAAUGAGAGGACACAAAAGUACAAUUUCGUUGACUGCACAUUUUAAUCUAGAAAAAACUAUUUUUAAUAAGACUUAAAAAUCCAAAACUGUAAAUUUAUGAAUCUCUUAAGAGUAACUUUUGAAUUAAGAGACAGAUGCUUUGUUAAUGAAUGAGAAAAACAAAACACUCGCCAUUCUCCAUCAACCACGAUAUUCCAGGCUAAUAAUAAUUUUGUUCUACGGGUACUUAAUUUCUGAAUGCCACUGUAUAUUUUCAAUUGUAGCUCUAAAUAAAUAAUUCCAACAUCGCUUGUCUAGAUAGAGAGUUCUAUAUCGUGGUAGUGAUAAUUACCGUAUGAU